AUGUGCUCCCUACCCAUGGCAAGAUACUACAUAAUCAAGGACACAGACCAGAAGGCUCUGUACAUAAGAGGGGACCAGCUUCUGGCCGGAGAUCCAGACACGAACAAUUUCUGUGCUGAGAAAAUUUGCGUACUUCCCAACAGAGAUCUGGAACGCAGCAAGUUCCCCAUUUUCUUGGGGACUCAGGGAGGCAGCCGCUGCCUGGCAUGUGUGGAAACAGAAAAGGGGCCUUCCCUUCAGCUGGAGGAUGUGAAUAUCGAGGACCUGUACAAGGGUGGUGAGCAGGCGAUGCGUUUCACCUUCUACCAGAGAAGUAUAGGCUCAGCCUUCAGGCUUGAAGCUGCUGCCUGGCCAGGCUGGUUCCUUUGCGGCCCAGCCAAUGCCCAGGAGCCAAUAGGACUCACCAAGGAGACAGAGCCCUCUGCCCGCACUGAGUUUUACUUUGAGCAGAGUCGGUAG